GAGUCCCACAAAAGAACAGACAAGCAACCGGUGGAGAGCGACGAGAGCGGAACUGUAACAUUUCAACAUUGUAACAAUGGAGCGUUGCGACAUUGUAUCGUUUGUUUUGUUUGAGGAUCCCGCGUAAAAAAAAAAAAAAAAAUCCACGCCGACAGCCGGAGGAGUUUUCAAACGGCGAAUGUGGAUUGUGUUUGAAGCAGCUGAGUGUGCAUAUUUUCGGAUACGGUUCUACCGAAAGGAAACGGGGGGGAGAAACCGUCGGAAUAAUAACGACAAUAUGCGGCGCCGUUUACAUUCCGCACGCAGAAGUUUAGGGAAGAUGAAAUGGGAAAGUUGGUUUUAAAACGCGCGAGCCAAUGUGGUUCUUCGAAGCUGUUUUGCAUUGGAAACGUCACGUUGUAACGUUAAUCUCUUCUGUUAUGGAUUUAUAACGCUGUUCGCUGCUUCUGUACGUUCUGUGACCGCGAGCCUGCAAAUGGCAUAAGAAGAUGAUUGAAUUCCACAAAGGUCAUUGCGCAUUGGGAGCUCUGUGUGUCACAUCUGCUUGGACUUGUACGUGGUUUUGGUUCGACUGAUCGUUGAUGGCUGUUUCUGUUCGGAUUUACUCUCCACCGGCUGAUCAGGGGGGAUCGAUCCGCCUGAUUCACCCUUUCCAGCAUCUACAGGAGGACGAGGACGACCUCGGGACGCGAGAGUGCCUGGUGCUUUUGGAUCUGGACUGUUUUGAAGAUUCAGCUUUUAUAUCUGGACCUGGAUUAUAAAGCCCAUUCCCUGGAAAUAAUCAUCCGCGUCUUGCGUCCUGUAUGUCUGCGUGAGGGUUUUGCAGGCAGGGAUGCAGCUGAAUCGACCCAAGAGCGCGCAUCUCAUCAGCUCCAGUCCGCACAAUUCAUCCUCCUAUUCCAGCCAGUUCAAAAACAUGCGCUUCUCAUACCACAUCAGCAGCGGUUUACCCAGUCCACAGCCUGCCCUGCGCAGAUCAGGCCCGUCCACUGCCAGUCCACGGCUUCUAACCAAGAGUCUGUCCCUUGAGCCAGGCCCCUGCCUCGGAGCCCACGAGACCCCACAGCGCCUCUGCUCUGACCCUGGACCCCUGGAACCACAGCACUGCAAUGGCACAAGUGAGAACGGACCACAGGACGUCCCGCCUCCACCCCCUAAAACACGCCCACCUUUACCUGGGCCAAAGCCUCAAGUGCCCCCGAAACCCCCUCAUCUACAGCAGCAGAGCGCUCGACGGCCACGCCCCCCGGACAAACCCCUCCCACCUCCACCCUCCCGCCCACUCCCAGCCGACCCCCGCCAAUCACGCGCCACCUUACCGAGAGCAGAGGGAAGCUCCUCCCCCACUUGUGUCCUUUCGCUCAUCGAGAAGUUUGAGAGGGAGCAGAUCAUCGUGGUGCCAGAUAUCACCGGGGGCGUGAUGUGUACUCCACGGGUCCCCGAACAGCAGGCCGCAUCUGGGUCGUUUAGCCCUCCACCCUCAGAGUUCAUCCUGCCCUGCACGUCUCUUCAGGAACCACUAGAGGCGCCGCUGGCCGAGGAGGAGGUCGAAAAAGAAGAAAAGGAUGAGGAAGAAGAGGUGGACGAAACCGAGGAGGAUGACAGCGAGCUCGGGGCGUCCUGCUCAGAAAAGCGUCUCUCUAUGGAAUCGGGCUACGGUGCCUCCGAUAAACUGCUGGACAACAUGGAAAUGAGGGACCUUACAGCCAACCAAUCAGAAAUCCCCUCGGAUCGCUUGUCCCUCCCACCGUCGCAGAUGGAUGGGAAGCUGGCCAAUAGAGACAGUGGUAUUGACAGCAUCAGCUCGCCCUCACACAGCGAGGAGCUCUGCUUCGUCGGGGACGAGGAUCGGGUCGGUCACGAGAGGGAGAUUUGCCCCUGCAGCCCGGGGCCCGGGCUUCCUUGCGGCUAUGCCGAGGGGCCCGAAGGAGAAGGGGCCAGUGGUGUGGAGGGCGGCAGGGACUCAGAGGGAGACAGUGAUAUGGAGGAGGGCAGCGGGGACGAGAGUGAGAUGAACCCCAUGGCCCUACAACCUCUGCCUAAAGCUGAACGACAAGACUCCACUGAGCUGUCCGUCCAGCAGCGGGUGUUUAACAUUGCUAAUGAGCUGCUGCAUACGGAGAAGGCUUACGUGUCCAGACUGCACCUCCUGGACCAGGUGUUCUGCGCCCAGCUGAUGGAGGAGGCUCGAGCGCGGAGCUCCUUCCCCUGCGAGGUGGUCAUGGGCAUCUUCUCCAACAUCUGCUCCAUCUACUGCUUCCACCAGCAGUUCCUGCUGCCCGCGCUGGAGAAACGCAUGGAGGAAUGGGAUCUGAACCCCCGCAUCGGAGACAUCCUGCAGAAACUGGCGCCUUUCCUGAAGAUGUACGGCGAGUAUGUGAAAAAUUUUGACCGGGCCAUGGAGCUGGUGAACACCUGGAUGCAGCGCUCGUCUCAGUUCAAAGCCAUCAUUCACAACAUCCAGAAAGAGGAGAUGUGUGGGAAUCUCACCCUACAGCACCACAUGUUGGAGCCUGUGCAGAGGAUCCCUCGUUACGAGCUCCUGCUCAAAGACUAUCUGCACCGUCUGCCAGAGGACGCGGACGACUUCAAAGACGCUCAGAAAUCUCUGGAGCUGAUCGCCACAGCGGCAGAACAUUCAAACGCCGCCAUCAGGAAAAUGGAGCGCAUGAGAAAGCUGUUGAAAGUGUACGAGUUGCUCGGUGGAGAAGAGGACAUUGUUAACCCGACUAAUGAGCUCAUUAAAGAGGGACACAUCCUGAAACUGUCGGCUAAAAACGGGACAUCACAGGACAGAUAUCUCAUUCUGUUCAAUGACAGGUUGUUGUACUGCGUUCCCAAACUGAGGCUGAUUGGACAGAAGUUUGGAGUGCGAGCGCGGAUCGACGUAGACGGCAUGGAGCUAAAGGAAACCAGCAGCAUGAACGUACCACGAACGUUUUUAGUGUCGGGAAAACAACGCUCGCUAGAACUGCAAGCAAGGACGGAAGAGGAGAAGAGAGAUUGGAUUCAGGCGAUUCAGGCCACCAUACAGAGACAUGAACAGACGCUGGAGACCUUCCGUAUGCUCAACUGCUCGUUUCGGGAGGAGGAUUUUACUCCUCCGAACUCCCCGAAUUGCACAGAGCUUGGAAAGCGAGCGCCCACUCCAAUCCGGGAGAAAGAGGUCACGCUGUGCAUGAAGUGUCAGGAGCCUUUCAACUCUAUUACCAAAAGACGGCAUCACUGCAAAGCCUGCGGACACGUGGUGUGUGGAAAGUGUUCGGAGUUCCGUGCUCGUCUGUUGUACGAUAACAACCGAGCCAAUCGCGUGUGUAUAGACUGCUACACCACGCUAGUGGGAGUGCCGCCCUCUCCGGCCAGUCUGAGCAACAGCACACAGAGGCGCCGCUCCAUUCUAGAGAAACAGGCCUCGGUGGCAGCUGAGAAUAGCGUGUUGUGUAGUUUCCUGCAUCAUAUGGAGAAGGGAAGUGGACGUGGAUGGCAGAAGGCCUGGUUUGUCAUUCCUGACAAUGAACCACUGGUGCUGUAUAUCUAUGGUGCUCCGCAGGAUGUCAAAGCCCAGCGCAGUAUUCCCCUCAUCGGCUUCGAGGUGUCUCUACCCGAAUCCAGUGACCGUCUGGAACGUCGCAACGCCUUCAAAAUGAGCCAGAGUCAUUUGACCGUUUACUUCAGUGCCGACUGUGAGGAACUGCAGCGACGCUGGAUGGAGGUCUUAUCGAGAGCCGGCAGGGGCGAGGAGCUGCAGUCGAACGGUCCGAUAUCCGAGGCCCUCGAGGAAGAAGCGGAGGAGCCAGUACCUACGGGAGAAAGCACAUGAUUGGCUGAAAAUAUGAUAUCGUUUUGCACACACAAACUGUACAAAUGUGACCACAGCGACAGGAUAUAAGACAAAAACACACAUACACACACACACACGUAUACCUUCUCUCUUACACACAUCUGUAUUAAUUGUCAGUUGUAAAUUGCAUGAAAUAUCUACAGGUACGUUUCUCUGUGUAUUGCUCAUCUUGUGUGAGUGACCAGUGUUUGGAACAAUCUGACAAAGCGUGCACGCUUUAAAGACGACUUUCGGCCGCUAGCAGUUUCUGUGUUAAAUCGACUGUUUCUGCCAAAUCUCAAAGUGUUGCGGUUUCUCGAUUGAGGCUAUGGUUUAGCAAAGUGAGACGGUUCUACGCUUUGGUGGCUGUGCGUGAAUGUUAGGCCUGGGUUUGUGAAAGGUUUAGGCAACCUAGAGAGUCUUCAGUAAAAUACCCUAGCAAGCUGAAUGACUGAUUUUGUUGAUUUCAGAUUGGCAAAAGUCAGUCGACCAUUAAUCCUCCCAAUAGUAAGAGGAUCAAAUCCUGGAUUUCACAUUUCGAUUACAUAUUAAACAUCGGCUAUUGCGUCUAGUAGUGAAUUGUGACAGGAUUGGCCACAUGAACUGUUGUUCAGCUAUGCAAGCCUGUGUUUAUCCCAGAAACAUAGUGUACAUGUGUGGUAAUCAGGAACUGCUGGAACGUAGCAGGAAUAUUUAUUAAGCGGGUUUUAACCACUCACAACCAACAGAAAUAUGUGCUUCCUGUUGACUCCACGGUCCUUCAGCUCAGAAAACACAGACAAAUGUACUCUGCCACCUAGUGGACGCUCAUCAUAGCGCACAGACACAUCUAAGAGCUGACAAGUAUCCGAAUUUAAUACAUGACCCUGGAUCACAAAACCAGUUGUAAGUUGCAAUAGCCAAAAAUACAUUGUAUGGGUCAAAAUGAUUGAUCAUUUUUCUUUUAUGCCAAAAAUCAUUGGGAUAUUAAGUAAAGAUUAUGUUCUAUGUAAGUUUCCUACCGUAAACAUAUCAAACCUUAAUUUACUUAAUAGUAAUAUGCAAUGCUAAGAACUUCAUUUGGACAACUUUAAAGAUGAUUUUCUCAAUAUUUACAUUUUUUGCACCCCCAGAUUUUUAAAUAGCUGUAUCUCAGCCAAAUAUUGUCCUAUCCUAACAAACCAUACAUCAGUUGAAAGCUUAUUAUGUAUAAAUCUCAAUUUUAAAAAAUGACCCUUGUGGUUUUGUGGUCUAGGGUCACAUAUCAAAUGAGAAACUUUUCUAUUUUGCAUAUAAGUAAAGUAAAUGACGCUUGUUUUUAAUGACCAUUAAGAUUUUUGUUACACUGUGACAUUGUUUGCUAUUAAAAAUCUCAUUAUUUUAAGGUGAAAUAAAUGAUAUAUUAUUUAAAUUGUAAAAUAUUUAUAAAGUGUAGUAUUAUAUGUUGUACUGUCUUUAAUUUAUGACUAUUUAAAUAAAAAAAAACAUUGUGCGUUACAGUAAUGAGAAACUGAUGAGAACUAUUGAGUAUAAUAGGAAUUCUUUUUUUUAAAAUGUAAUUAAAUAGUGUCACAAUGUAAAAAAAUACUUAAUGGUGCUAAAAAUAAGCAUUUUCAAAAUUGAAAAUAAAAUAAUUUUUUAUUUCAAGGGUGAAAUGUAUGGAAGCUUGUUUCUGUCAUGGGAUUAAACAAAUAAGGUAAUUUUGACCUUUUAUCUCACAAUACUUUAUAUAAACUCAGAAUUGCAAGAUUGAAACCGAAUUCCCAAUAUCAAUAGUGAGAUAUAAACUUGCAAGAAAAAGUCUUUUCAAACUUUCUGGUCAGGCUUUUUCAAGCCAACUUCAAAGCUUGUCCCGACUUUUUAAUUUAGUUUGUUUCUGCUUUCUAAACACUGGUUGUAAAUCAUGAUAUUCAUCAAAUCAAAAAAAAGAUGUCAACUUAAUAGCAAGUAAAUGAUAUAUACUAUAAAAUCAAAAUAUUUUACAGAUAAUAUUAUACACAGAUAAUACAGAUAAAAUUCAGCAAAGAGUCGCACACGUUGUAAAAAUAUAUAUCUUGCAGUCAUGACAUUUAUGUAAUAUUUUUCCCUCAGAAUUGUGAGAAACAGACCACAUUGUGAGAUAUAAACUCUGAAUUGUGGGAAAAAUGGAAAUAAUCACAGUUUCCUUUUCUGUUUAUUUCUUUUUUAUACGGUGGUGAAGACAGGCUUCCAUAGAAAAAUGUGACCUGGACAUGUUUUUGUGAGAUUCACCCCCUCGACUGUCCCGUUUGCUCGAACUGUAGGGAAAAACAAUUCUGAGGAGGCAAACGUGUGUAACGGGAACGUUUCAAUCGAAGGAAAUGACAGGGCUCUCCCUACAGGACAACAGAGGUUUUAUCCUGUGUUUUGAGUGUGCGUGAGUGAUUUUAUGAAUGUGGCAUUUGAUGAGACUGCAGAUAGAUCAUAUGAAGAUUUUAGGUGUUUGAAUCGGGCUAGUUUUUAUCAUUGUAAACUCAAUGAUAUCCCUGCCUUAUUUAGAGGGUUUUUUGAUAAAUAUAGAAUAUAUAUAAAUAAUAAAAAAAGGUCAAAGUUUUGAUGAGGAUAUCAAACGUUUUCAACCGUGUUGUAUUUGUGUAUGAAAAGUGCAGAAGAUUAAAGGACGAAUUCAUUUGUAAAUAUAACUUAUUCCUCUGAGCCCAGUUUUGUGGGUUAGGUAUUGUCGAUGAGCUUCGAUGUUUGUUACGUGCCGUUUUAAAUGGACUUCUGAGCAUUGUGGUAAAUUCCAGGUCAGGAAAAGCUUAGGAUACGUUCUCUCGUUUUACCACUUUUUUAUUUUUUAAUCCAGAGGUAGAUAUUCAGUGUUUUUAAAACAAGCUUCGUUUUCGUUUUCUCUUUUGAAACCAGUUUCCAAAAUGUAUUUGCCAAUGUGAACAGCCUGAUGACUCAUUGAGAACUGCUUUAACUUUUCUUGUGUUUGAUAUUGCUUUACUCCGUCGUCAAAGACGUCGCUCGCUCGAAUCAGUCGGUGUGUUUUCCCAGUCCUCAGAGGUUUUUGGACUGUCGAUGGCAGCGUGUGUUCACUUCCAUGUUUACGACUUGUACCGCUCAUUCCCAGAUCCUCAGUUGAGCCUGCCCGUCACUCUCGCUCACACACACACAUUCAUCUUCUCUCAGUAUUAUUGUUCUUGACGUCCUGCCUUACUGAUAUUUUGCAACCUUGUGCUUAUCGUUUUUCACGAUUGCUUUUUGCCAAAGUAUACUGCAGAAAAUUCUCACAUUUUUUGUUUCCUUACCUUUCUUUGUUUGUUUAAUAACAAUAUUUUUUUUUUUUUUAUUCCUUGAGGUACGGUAGUAAACUCUGCAAUGAACCAAAAGAUGAAAACUACCGAAAUACAAAGGAAAAACACUAUACGGUAACAUUUGGGAGAUUAUAAGUUAUUGUUUCUGUGCUCAAAGUCUGUUUUUAAUCCCACGUUAAUUGAGUUUUUAAUUUUUUAUUUCUAUUCCUCAUCCAUUCGUGCACAAAAUGCAUUUGUAAAUUUUUUUAAGCUACAUCAUUUUCUGAAAUCUCACAAUUCUUGCAAAUACACUGUAGUUUA